AUGGAGCCAGUGGAAUGUAGGCUGACACGAAUGGGAAUGGAGUACGCAGGGUUGAAGAACGUGGAUGCGGAUGGGAGAAAGUGUCAACGCUGGUUGAGCCAGACCCCCCACAAACAUUCCAUGCUCCUUCAUCUGUUGGAAUUCCCCGAUUCUGGUUUGGAUAGCCACCACAACUAUUGCCGGAAUCCAGACGAGAGAGACAUGAGUGGUCCGUGGUGUUACCCCGAAGGGAGCAAUGAGAAGAACGCAAAGGGAGAGGAAUAUGUGGGGACAAUGAGGAAGACAGAGACCGGAAAAGAAUGCCAUUGGUGGGAUUCUAAACCCUAUGGAAAGACUGACGACUUCGAUCCUUCCAGAAGCUACGAGGAUCACUUCCCAGACAAUCAUGAUAAAACAACUACAGCAGCAGAAAACUUUUGCAGGAAUCCAACUUCAAAGGAGAGACCCUGGUGCUUCGUUGCCGAUGCAGACAAAAAAUGGGAAUAUUGCAACAUCUCAAUCUGCCCAGACUAUCCCAAUCGGCCAGAGUAUCCGGAAUGCCUGAAGACGGAGAAAGGGAAGGAGUACAUGGGAAUCAAGAAUAAGACAAAGACGGGAAAGGACUGCCUUCGAUGGGAUUCCAAACCAUAUGGGAAACCUGAUGAUUUCGAAUCCAUGAUGUUCUAUGGUGAACAUUUUCUCAACGAAGACCCAGGAUCUCAUGAGAACUAUUGCAGGAAUCCCGCCCUGAGGGAAAGGCCUUGGUGUUUCGUAUUGGACUUGGAUAUACAGUGGGAAUACUGUGACAUUCCCAUGUGUGAUGACCGAGGUAAGGUUCGGAUGACCCUCCUUGCCUAUCGGAUCGCUUCUCCAUAG